AUGCCCCCCAAAGCCAAAAAGAUAGAUCCUGAAUUGCAAGCUGUAUAUAAUAAUAAAUUAACUAAUUUAGAAAUAAUUUGAACAGUGGAAGGAAAGUGAAGAAUACAGAAUCUGGUCAGAGUUAUAAAUCAUUUACAAAUCAAUGGACAAUAAUAUAUCUGAAACUUCCAAAGACUUGACAGGCAAUUGGCAAGUAAACUGUUCUUUAAAAACAUCCCUUUCACUUAGGUUUAUCAUGAUAAAUUACUUGAAGUGUGCUAGACAUUCAAAUGCAAAUCUAAAAUAAAACAAAUUGAGCAUUGUCACAUUAGAAGUGCCUUCUUUGCAGUUGAGGAUGUGGAAAUCAACAAAGUAGUUGUUAAGCAAUAUCUCGAUGGAUUCUAUUAUUCAGUUGAGAAGUAGGAUAAAGAUAGAGCUAAGCACGUGAAGGAAUUGCUUGCUAAAAUAGCAAGAAGUACACAUAUUAUAUAUUUUAAAAGCUUUGGAGGAUCACAAGUUUUUUGAUAUUAAUGCAGAAAAUUAUAUUGCAGAAAGGAAAGCAUUUGUGGGUCUUUUGAAUGAUUUUUUGAAAAAACUUCCAAUUCUUAUUAAGUCAAGUCACAAAGUCAUUGAAGAAAAACUCAUGCUUGUUUUGGGACCUUUGAGAGCUUUGUUGGAGAUUAACAAAAAAAUGAUGUUCUUUGAUCUUGUCAAUACUUCAAACUAAGCAAGAUAAACAAAGGACUUCAUAUUGAAGGUUUUAUAAUAAAUUAUAAUACUGAUUAGGCUGAUAUCGAACAAUAUUGUAUAUGUCUACAAGAGGCUCAGAGGUUGUUGCUGGAAUCGAAAGCUAUUUCAUGCAAUCCAAAUGUCAAAUUGAUCUUCAAUAAAUUGGGAUAUGAAGGGUGGUAACAGAAUAAAAUUGAGUCUUUCUACUUAACUCCUUUGUAGGAAGCUUUCGAUAAGAUGAGAAACAAUUUGCUUUGUUUGAUGCUCAAGGGAAUCAAUUACUAUAAGGCUCCUCUGAUGGACAAUACUGUAUUAAUUUUGAAUUAGAAUAGCAAUUUGUGGAGGAUGUGAAAGAAUUGAUUGAUGCAGAAUUGAUAGCUGAACAUUUAAUGGGAACUUCAUUGAAAAGAGACUAAUUAAAUUUUACUUAUAAUGUAUUAAGUGUGAUAUUCAAUUCCAAUGCUCAAGCGAAAGAAUUUCUAAUUAAAAGGGAUGAUAAUUGUGUUAAGGGCAGCAUUCCUAAAUUGAUUACAUAUCAUACAAUAUUGUACAUGAGAGCAUGGAAGGAUAGAAAAAUAGCAGAUGAGUUGAAGGAAUAAAAAUUAUAAUAAAAAACAUAGCCAUUAGCAUAAUCGAACUUAUUUGAAGCUCAAUCUGCUAUGUCAGGCAUGUCACCAGAUAAGAAGAGGUAAGCCGAUGAUGAGUUGAGGAAGAAAGAAGAGGAGAGCAUGAAGAUUUAAGAAAAACUAGAUUUUGAAAAGUAUGGAAGAUUUUGGAUUUGGGAAUAUUAUGCUUAAGAUUAAAUGAAAGCCAAUUUCGAGGAGUGUGUCGAAUUGAUCAGACAUAUUAACAAGGCUGUUCAAUAAGACAUAGAGGAUGUCAUUAUCAAAGAGGGCAUGGUUCCUAAGUACUUUUAAAUAGUGAUUUUAGGACUCGUUCUCGUUAAGUGUAAUAGAAUGAUCCAAGUCAAAUGUUCAAUAAAUUGUAAGAGAAGGACAAUGCAAAUGUUUAUGUAAUUUAAAGGAGACCGCCAGAAUUGUGGAAUUAUCCUAAAAUUGUGGAGGAACAACAUGAAUUUAGAGCCAUUGCUAAACCCAGAGAUUGUUAUAAGGAUGGAAGAAUUUAGGUGUUGGAGAGUAAGAUGGAAUAAUUGAGUGCCCAUUUGGAGAGUAACAAGCCUCAGAGUUGGAAUGAAUUGAUUCAUAGAGUGAUAGAUGCAUUAAGCAAUUAAUAUAAUAAGAAACCUAGUGCAAUUGAACCAGGAAAAUGAUUUAAUAUGA